AGGAGACGGCGUCAUCAACAGAGACAGUUGCAGCGGCAGCUGUUUGCCAAGCAGCUGCCGAAACAAAGGGCGUGGCGCCCGGCAUGCUGGACCUGGUUAAAGAAGCUGUCCGAGGGAGUGUUGAGAUGACCACAUCUGCACUAACCAGCGGCGUAAACACUGUGAUGGGUUCCAGCUUAGGCCAGAUGGCCUCCAGUGCCGUUGAGGCUGUGAUGGGGAAGUCUGAGGAGAUGGUGGACCACUACCUCCCAAUGUCUGAUGAGGAGCUAGCUACUCUUGCAGCUGCUCUGGAGGAGCCAGAGGCCUCUUCCAUUGAGAAGCAAAGGCAGCAGCGGAGUUACUACGUGCGCCUGGGUUCCCUCUCCAACAGGGUGCGCCAGAGAGCCUACCAGCACACCCUGGGCAAGCUGCGCCAAACCAAGCAGAAGAUGCAGGAGACUCUGUCCCAGCUCCAGCAAGCAAUGGACUUGAUUGCAUUUGCCAGACAUGCGGACCAGAAAGAUCGAGACAGGCAGGAGGAACUGUGGCAGAAGUGGUUGGAGUGGAGCAAGAACCAGUUGGGACAGAGUGAUUCCACUGGGGGGAGCCCAGCAGAGCAGAUGGAAUCCCAGGCUCUAGGCAUGUCCCGCAACAUUGCCCAGCAGAUGCAGGCUGCCUGCCAGAGCCUCCUGGCCAACAUGCAGGGUCUCCCUGCGGCCCUCCAAGAAAAGGUGCAGCAAGCUUACAGCUACAUGGAGGAGCUACAGGCUGCUCUUUCCAGUGCCAAGUCAUUCCAGGAGCUUCCUAGUGGCCUUUUGACUCACCGCCAGGAAACAAUGGGCAAAAUCUGGCAGGCUGGGGACGAGGUGGUGGAGUACGUGAUGCAGUCCACUCCCCUGAACUGGAUUGUGGGGCCCUUCUCCCCAGAAGAGGUCUCUCCUCCUGAACCUUUGGCCAAAUCCCAAGCAGCAGAAGUACCUCCACCUGUGAAGGAGUCGGAGGUCGGUGUCCAAAGGAUGGAAGUGCCUGGAUCCAGUGCUUUGAACGAUCAAGCCUAACUUGUAAUCUGUGGCCAAGUUGCUUCAGUUCUUCCCAGUACUGUACACAGAGCUCAGUGGUGCUCAGUGUCAUUGAGGCCUCUUCGUUGCAGAACUUGCUAACUAAAAUGCGGAGCAGUGCGCUUCUCUUAGCAGCUUGUAGGUGACAAAAACUGUACCUCCAAAACAGUUUGGCCCGUCUCCUAUGGCGGUGCCAAGCUGACCUCUAAAGAGGCUGCUCAAUGCAGUUUCCCAGCAAAGCACCAAACCAAUCUCAACAGGGCACAAAUGGAUGGAUGCUACUUGACUAAGGACUGGUUCAGGGCCUACAA